AUGGCCUCGUAUCCCAAGAAGAAGUGCGGUGUCCUGGGCGCCACCGGCUCGGUCGGUCAACGAUUCAUCCUCCUCCUCGCAGACCACCCCUUCCUUGAAUUGCACGCCAUUGGUGCAUCGAAUCGCUCGGCCGGCAAGAAAUACAAGGAUGCCGUCAAGUGGAAGCAGACGACCUCCAUGUCGGAGAAGCUGGGCAAUCUCGUUCUUCGCGAUUGCAAGGCCGACCAGUUCAGCGACUGUGACCUCGUCUUCUCGGGCCUGAACAGCGAUGUCGCUGGUGAACUUGAAAUGGAAUUCAUCAAGGCCGAAAUACCUGUCUUCUCUAACGCCAAGAACUAUCGCAAGCACCCUCUCGUUCCUCUCAUCGUUCCCACCGUUAACCCCCACCACUUCGACCUUAUCCCCCACCAGAGGAAGGAGUUCGGUCUGAAGAAGGGAUUCCUGGUCUGCAACUCUAACUGUGCCGUCAUUGGCGUCGUCAUCCCUUUCGCCGCUCUUCAAGCCAAAUUCGGUCCUGUCGAGGAUGUGGAAGUCUUUACUGAGCAGGCCCUGUCGGGCGCAGGUUAUCCCGGCGUUCCUAGCAUGGAUAUUCUGGACAACGUGAUUCCUUACAUCAACGGUGAGGAGGACAAACUUGAGAACGAGGCACAGAAGAUCCUGGGCUCUCUCAAUGCCGACGCCACUGGCUUUGAUGAGCAGUCUGGCCUGACGGUUGGAGCCACCUGCACCCGUGUAGGUGUCACCGACGGACACAUGGCUUUCGUGUCAUUGCGGUUCAAGAACCGUUCCGUACCCAGCGCGGAGGAAGUCAAGCAGGCCAUGAGAGAGUAUCAAUCCGAGGCCCAGAAGCUUGGUUGCCCUUCUGCGCCCAAGGAAGCUAUUAAGGUGUUCGAUGAGCCCGACAGACCCCAGCCUAGACUUGACAGAGAUAUCUCCAAGGGAUACACUGUCAGUGUAGGCCGUGUCCGUGAAGGUGCACCGGGAGGUCACUUUGACCUUAGAUUUGCUGCACUCUCUCACAACACAGUCCUUGGUGCUGCAGGCUCUUCCAUCCUCAAUGCUGAGGUUGCCGUGAUCAAGGGUUACAUCUAA